AUGGCUGUCCAGCUACGGUCCUUUCCCUCGCAGUCUUCGGACGACAUGCGAUUAGACGACUACCUGGACGACAAGCUCCAGUCCACCAUGGACCUGGACAACCUCGACGAGCUGCUCGCCAGUGUCGAGGAGCAGCACGUCCAGCUCCAGUCCCAGCUCGACGACGCAUCCCACGCCCUCGAGGUCGCGCGCCAGUCUGCCGACCAGAGCCAGGCCUCGCUGCAGAAGCAGAUCGACGACUUCCAGUCCCUACAGCGCAGCAUCGACGUCCGCCUGCAGAUCGUCUCGAGCUCCGACGCCCCGGACGAGGCCAUCCGCAGGCUCGAGGGCCCCAUGCACAGGCUGCAGAAGGUCGAUCUGGCGCACAAGUACCUGCUGUUGCUGCAGGAUGUCGAAAACCUGCGGACAGAGGCCCGGAGCCACCUGCCGAAGAGCCCAAAGGCCGCGCUGGAGCCCUAUACCAGGUUGAAGCAGCUGGGGCAGUACCUGCACGAGCUGCAGCCCCAGGCAGACUAUGCUGCAACGCAUCUGGUGGCGCAUGUUGCUAAAAUCGCCGAGAAUCUCUGGGACGAGAUGAAGAGAACCAUGUGGGCGGAGAUGGAUGGGAUCCUCAUCAAGAGGGGCUGGCCGAAGAAGGUGGAUGCCCGGUCAGAGAUCGACGAGGAGUGGAAGGAGUGCUUCGAGAAGCUGGUGGACCUGCAGGUCCCAGAGGUUCUCUAUUCGGACGGCGUGGUGACGCUGCUGCCUGUCGAUGUCAUGGCGCAGAACUGGACCAAGGAAUUCCGAUACCACUUCAUGAGCGACAAGCCCACGAGCAAGCCGCAGAUCAUUGGGGCGCAGUGUUUUCCAUGGAUUACGACCCUCCUGGAGGAGUGGGACGACUUCAUGCGUGACAACUUUGGGUUCAUACUCGCGACAAAGUUCAGCGACACGGCAGCGGCCAACAAGAUGGUAUACAUGGACCCGACGUGCGCCCUUAUCACCUCGUUGCUGCCCGUCAUCAGGGAGAAGGUCAAUUCGGCUGUGGAGGUGGCCCUGAAGGACCCGGUGUUUUUGAGCAGCCUGAUGUCACAGCUGAUGACCUUUGACGAUACUUUGCGAUCCAGGUUCAACUAUGACGGAGGCGACCUCGAGCGAGGCUGGGGUGGUCUCACCUCUGAGGUGCUGGACAAACACUUUGACAAGUGGCUCGAGGCGGAGAAGACUUUUGCCCUGGACAGGUAUAAAGGAAUCAUGGCCACACCAGACGCUGGCCAGAUUGACCACGAGUAUAACGGCCCGGGAAAGACCAAACCGACUUACGGUGCUGUCCGCGUCACAGACCUCCUUCGCUCUGUGACGACUCAAUACGAGCGGGUCAGAAGGUUCUCCCACAAGUUGCGCUUCCUGAUCGAGAUCCAGCUGGAGAUCUUGGACUCGUACCAUGACCGGCUAAACGGUUCUUUGGGGGCUUACAAGGCUAUGACUUCCACUGCCGGCAAGAUGGUGUAUGGGGCCACCAAAGAGCAAUUAGCAGCCCUCGAGGGGACCGGGGCAUUCGAGACGCUUUGCAAGGUCUUUGGUAGCACCGAUCACGUUGUCAACGCCCUGAAGGACUGGAGCAACGAGGAGUUCUUUGUGGACCUGUGGGACCGGCUGCAGGCGAGGGCCACCAAGUCCGACGACCAGGGCAACCUCGCGGGCGGAAUGAGCCACGACGAGGUCAAGGGCCGGACGUCGCAGACGGUCGGCACAGGCGAGGACGGCGGGAUCCUUUUCGACGAGACCAUCAAGGCGUACACGGAGCGGCGGACGGCGGCCCAGGACCUGCUGACCGAGGCGGUCAUCAGGUCGCACGCGGACGCGUUCCGCGCCUACAUCCAGCGGGCGCAGUGGACCGUCGUCAGCGAGGACACGGCCGCCGUCGACCCGUACCAGCUGGCCAUCACGGCGGAGCUCGACGAGCCGCUGCGCAUCAUCAAGCGCAACUUUGACUUCCUCGCGCGCGCCAUCGGCGCCGCCGUCGUGCGCCGCGUCGUCCGUGGGGCCCUCGACAGCCUACAGGACACGCUGUGGGGCGACGUCCUGCGAAAGAACAAGUUCACCGCCCUUGGUGCCGCUCAGUUCAUGCGCGACCUGCACGCCGUGUUCGCCAUGGUCGACCGCUACGUGCCCAACGCAUCCGAGGCCAUGGCCACGCUCGCGGACGCCGUGAAGCUGCUCAACCUGCCUCUCGAGGCCGAGGACGGCUUCAUGUCGCUCAAGAAGGCCAGUGACCGCGUGUUCACUGAUAAUGCCGAGGCGAGAAAGGUGAUAGAGGAGCUCGGCAUUGAUACGCUUGAGCCCGGAAAUGCGAGGAUGAUCCUGCAGAGGCGCGUUGAGAACAGUGAUUAG